AUGGCUGCCCCGCCAAAUGUGAGAACUUACACCAAAAUAACAGGCACCCUCGACUAUGAUGAUCCGACCUUCUGGGAUACGAAGUUUGCCACUGGUCGGGAUGUCGGGGAGUGGCUGAAUUCGGGAGAAAUGCUCAUCGAUGCGGUAGUAUCUCACCUGGAGAGCCGCUCGGCAACGAACCCAAGAGUGCUCCAUCUGGGGCCAGGCAUCUCGAAGCUGGGAGUUAAACUUUGCGAUGAAUUCAUUAAGCGCAAUUGGGCCGGAAAUGGCAUUGUGAACGUGGACUUUUCCGCCAAAGCCGUUCGCCUUGGGCAAGAGACCGAGAGCAAAAGGGAUCCAUCACAUGCGAUGGGCUGGGUGCAAGCUAACUUGCGGUCCUGGGCUGAUGUCUCUAGGUUAGCUCUUUCCUCGCCCUUCGACGUCAUCCUCGACAAAAGCACAAGCGAUGCGAUUGCAACUUCUACUCCCGUUACCUUCCCUUUACCCUCCGACGCAGCGAGUACAUGCCCGAUGGUACAAGAGAUUGUGGAUAAACAUGGAGCGAUAGAGUUAUCUCCUGUCGAGCUAUUGGGGCUACACCUCGCACCUCUGGUGCAGAAAGGGGCCCUCUGGGUCACUCUCUCCUACUCGACCAUGCGUUUCGAUAACCUGUCUGAUAUGGCCCAAUACUGGACUGUCGUUUCCCGAACGCCUUUCAAAGCACCCCAAGGAGAGACUUCAUCAUUUGCUUACGCGCCUGAGGUUUUCCACUGGAUGUAUAUCCUCCAACGGAAGUGAGAUCCACACCACACCAUAUAAUUUGCGACUAUAAAUAGCCCGGAUUACUGGAUAGUGGCACAAUAGCCACCGAAAAUGGAAUCGGUUAUCUACCACACGGAGCCAUCAAUAACGCC